ACUUGGCCACCUUCACCUCCAUUCACCUCCUCCACACCUGCACACACUCUCACACUACACAGCACGUACACACACACACACACACAGUCUCGCUCUCUCUGCAGAGAAAUGAGUAGUCGAAUCUCGUCACACCAGCUCAGCAAUGGGCUCUACGUGUCAGGGAGGCCGGAGCAGGUCAAGGAGCGCCAGCCCACAAUGGCUUCACGCGCCGUGCCCUACACCGGCGGUGACGUUAAGAAAUCCGGUGAACUCGGAAAAAUGUUUGACAUCCAGGUCCUCGAUCCUUCAGCCAACGCCCCACCGCCCUCCAAGUCAUCACGGCCCUCUUCCUCCUCUCAACACAACAGCGGAUCGGUCCGAUCCGGUUCCAACUCCGGCCCAUUGAGCUCGAAGCACACCAACUCUGGUCCGAUCCCGAAGAAAUCGUCGGGACCGAUGCCGCUCCCGCCCACCGGGCUCAUCACCUCCGGUCCCAUUGGGUCCGGCCCACUCCUAGGAUCUUCGACGGGCAGGCGGUCGUCGGCUCACAUGGAGUCUUCCGGGAAGGCGGUGUACGGACCGUCCGUAACGAGCUUGGCGGCAGAUAAGGUGAGACGGGUGGGCUCGAUGGCAGUGCCGAAGGCAGCGGUGUGGGUCGUGGUCGUGGCGGUGGCGAUGGGCUUGCUGGUAGGAGCGUUCCUAAUGGUGGCAGUGAAGAAGGCGGUGGUACUGGUGGCGGUGGGAGGGGUGGUUCUGCCGGCGGUGCUCGUGGUGGUCACUUGGAAUUUGGUUUGGAGAAGAAGAGGGUUGCUAGGGUUUGCGAGGAGGUACCCUGACGCUGAGCUCAGAGGUGCUGUCGACGGACAGUACGUCAAGGUUACUGGGGUCGUGACCUGUGGCAGUAUUCCUUUGGAGUCAUCGUACCAGAGGGUACCUAGGUGUGUAUAUGUUUCCACAGAAUUGUAUGAAUAUAAAGGAUGUGGUGGAAAAUCUGCACAUCCAAAACAUCGUUGCUUUUCAUGGGGAUCUAGAUAUUCCGAGAAAUAUGUAGCUGACUUUUACAUAUCAGACUUCCAAUCUGGGUUGAGAGCACUAGUAAAGUCAGGUUAUGGGGCUAAGGUUGCUCCAUUUGUCAAACCAGCUACUGUAGUUGAUGUAACAAAGCAAAACAAAGACUUAUCUCCGAGCUUUUUACGAUGGCUAGCUGAUCGCAGCCUCUCUAGUGAUGAUCGUGUAAUGCGACUCAAAGAAGGAUAUAUCAAAGAAGGGAGCACUGUCAGUGUGAUGGGGGUUGUCCGGCGCCAUGAAAAUGUACUUAUGAUUGUUCCACCAGCAGAGCCUGUCUCAACAGGCUGUCAGUGGAUCCGUUGCCUUCUCCCAACUUAUGUUGAAGGACUAAUUUUGACAUGUGAUGAAAAUCAAAAUGCCGAUGUGGUUCCUGUGUAAAAAUUUUGCGUAUCUUUAGGUUUUGAUUAUGUUACUGGUAAAUAUUGGAAGGGCAAAGUGAUGGAAACAUGCAAAUUUGCCUGACCACACACUUCUUUCCUGUCCAAAUUUCAAGUGUAUGUAAGGUUACCCUAGAAGAUGCAGAGUAGGCUGAAGAUCCUGUCAUAGUCAAUGCAACUCUACUUGGAAAUUUAUGUCCUAAGGAUGCUUAUGCGAUAACAGGGAAAAAGGAUCAAAGCUAUCAAGAAGCUAGAAGAUAUUGUUACCAUUCAAAAAAACAAAAAAAAAAAAAAAGGCAGCAGCAUCUAGAAGAUGGUGUAUUGCGAGGAAGCUGCAAAUUAUUGUUUUUGCUAAUCUGAUAUGUACAUAAGUGGUUGAGUUGCCUCGAGUGGUUUGAGAUGUUUGCUACUCCCAGUUGUUCUACCACGGAAAUUAGAAUUAUCAGUUAUGUAUGUUUUAUCAUCUAAUUAUUUUAAUUUGUAUUUAUUUGAUAGUGUGAGUUGUUUAUGAAAA